AUGUCGCGAGUCACUCCUGAAGAGACGUGCAUCUUCUUGAUCAAAUGUAUCAAGCAUUCGAACAGUGGGAAGGUUGACUUCGGAGCGGUUGCCGAGGAAUGUGGUAUCGUUACCAAAGGAGCAGCUGCAAAGCGUUACGAACGCAUCUUGAAGGGAAAUGGUGUCCACCCAUCAUCCAACGAUGGCGGAGAUGAGGACGGUGCACCAGGAUCUCCAGCCCAGACCCCCAAGAAAGCCGGAGCGGGAGCAAAGCCCAAAACCCCUCGCAAGACUCCCACCAAGCCCAAGGCUGCUGGAGUGGCAAAGACUCCUACCAAGCGCAAGCCCAAGGCGGCGAACAGCGGUAGUCCCACCAAGAAGUACAAGUCCGAAGCAAAGAUUUUGGACUCUGAUGCGUCUGACAAGGCUGAAGGCGAAGAAGCGGACAAUAAAUCUCCAUUGCGUACUUCCAACGAUCCGUUCUUGGCCCAAGCCCCAGCGGACGGUAACGAAGAGGCCAUGUUCGAGCUAUUCUGCAACACCGGUGCGAAGAUCGAAGGGAAAAAUGGGGCCGAAAUGGAAGCUGAUAUCGCGUAG